UAACGGACUUGCCUUGAAUCUCGAUUCUUUUAAACUCGCACUCUUCUUCACUUCCACUUCCAUUUUCGUUCACACUCAUCUCAUUCUUCAUUAAUUAUUAAUAUAAUUAAUUAAUAUUAUUAUUUAUCCAAAACCCUCACAAUCUCUCUCUCUUUCCACAUCACGGUACAACAUUAGCAUGACCGCAGCACCGACGAUCUCUCACGUGCCGCACGAGAAUUUUCACAACGACGACGUAUCACUUCACCGCCGGUGACUUCGCCGAAGUCAUGUUGCCGGAGUCUAAAGUCCUACAUAUCCGGCGCGCUCUCGCUACGGCGUUAUUAUUCGCUUCCGUUUCUCUCUCUUGCUUAAUCCUAUUCAGAGACGUUGAUUCUUACCGAUUCUUCUCCCGAUUCCCUUCCUCUUAUCCUCUUCCUCGUUUUUCGAGCUUUUUUCCGUUAGUAUCUAAUGAUCCUACUGCGACUAGCAAUGAAUAUCCACUUGAAAAAAUCUUGAAUGAGGCUGCCAUGGAAGACAGAACUGUUAUCUUGACCACGUUAAAUGAAGCAUGGGCAGCUCCAAAUUCUGUCAUUGAUCUUUUCCUUCAGAGCUUCAGAAUAGGAGAUCGUACCCGUAGGCUUUUGAACCAUUUGGUAAUCAUUGCAUUGGAUCAAAAAGCAUUUGCGCGCUGUAAGGUUAUACAUGCACAUUGCUUUUUACUUGCUAGUGAAGAAGCGGACUUUCAUGAAGAAGCAUACUUUAUGACCCCUAGCUACUUGAUGAUGAUGUGGAGAAGGAUUGAUUUCCUGCGUUCUGUUCUUGAGAUGGGAUACAAUUUUGUGUUCACGGAUGCCGAUAUUAUGUGGUUUAGGGACCCAUUUCCGCAGUUUCACCUUGAUGCAGAUUUCCAGAUAGCUUGUGAUCAUUUCACUGGGAGCUUUGAUGAUGUACAGAACAGACCCAAUGGAGGGUUCAACUUUGUAAAAUCCAAUAAUAGGUCGAUAGAGUUUUACAAAUUCUGGUACUCUUCGCGAGAAACCUAUCCUGGAUACCAUGAUCAAGAUGUUCUUAACAUCAUCAAGUAUCACCCUUUCAUUGCUGAUAUUGGGCUGAAGAUGACAUUUUUGGAUACAACUAAUUUUGGUGGACUUUGUGAGCCAAGUAGGGAUUUAAACCAAGUCUGUACAAUGCAUGCAAAUUGUUGCUUUGGUAUGGAUAGCAAGCUUCACGACCUUAAAGUUAUGCUUCAAGAUUGGAAACAUUAUUUGUCCCUGCCUCCAAGUUUGAAGAAAAUGUCGGUUGUUUCCUGGAGGGUUCCUCAAAAAUGCAGCCUCGAUUCUCUCAGGUACCCUGGUUCACUAGAGAAAAGUGUUCAAGAUUAAAGUUUUGGUUCCAUGUGCCACAUUCAAUUGUGGAAAUUCAACAGUGCUCUAGGAUGAAAGAGUUCGACAUAGAUUGAAUUGGGAAAUUAAUUUUAGAUAAACCAGCAUCUGAAGGCGGAAUCUUUCCGCACUAAAGUAUACUUAGGCAUUGUGAAAGAUGUAGCAUGCUAUUAAUUCAUUUGAUUUAAAGUAAUUUUUCUGCGUUUUGCACAAUUUUGUGCAACAUUUUGUUGUAUAUUUUCUGAUA